UCUCCGUCUGGGCCCAUCCGUCUCAGGGAAAGUUCCUCACCGUUUCCUCACGCUGUUUGUCCCCAAAUUACGCCACAAACACUGAUGUCUCUGUCGGCAGAGCGUGGAAAUAAACGCCACACCUCCCAGCUUUGAGAAGAAGAAGAAGAAGAAGAAGAAGAAGAAGAAGAAGAAGAAGAACAACAACAACAACAACAAAAAGAAGAGUGUCGUCAAAACGAUGCAAGGUUUCUGACCUCACUGCAGCUGGUCUCACUGAAGUUUAGGGGACUGACAAGAUGCGUUCCAGCGUGGAUGGACCAGUAGGCCCCGUUGGCAGAGAAGGUACUGGCAACAACAGCAACAACAAUAACAACACCAGCAAUGAAAACAGUGGAAACUCAGGUUCCCAGUAUGCACUAUGUGCCCUGGGGGUGGGGCUUCUCGCCCUCGGUACGGUGAUGAUUGUGUGGAGCGUGGUACCUGCAGACGUGGCCGGCAACAACAGCAGCAGCGGUGUAACAAGUGGCAAGAAACACAAAGCGUCUUCCGUGGCCUUUGUCCUGGUGGGGUCUGGGGUGGUCAUGCUGCUGCUGUCUUUGUGUCUGGGAAUGAGGAACAAACAGCGGGAGCAGCAGAGGCUUCAGGAGGUCCAGAACCGCGGAGGAGUGGCAGCGAGGGAGCAGGAGGAGAGACAAACUGCUGAGGAGCAAGCCCACCGUUACGCUGUACCCAGCUAUGAAGAGGCAGUGUGCAGUGGCCAGUACCCCGUCCGUCAGAGCAACCUUCGGCCCAGCACCUCCCAGCUACCGUCCUACGAUGACCUCGUCCAAGUUGACGGUGUGCAGUAUGAAUUCGAGGGGUCGGAGGUCACAACUACCGAAUCACAGCCCGCUCCGGCUCCAACUGCUCCCCCCGCCGCCACUGCCGCUGCCGCUGCUGCUGCCGCUGCUGCUGCCACAUCAAAUCGCAGACCCGGAAAAAAUAGCCGCAAGCUCCUCCCUAUCAAGAUCCGCAGGAUUAAAUCAGAGAAGCUGCACAUGAAAAACAUUGACAACUCUCUGCCAGCUACUGGAUUCAGUAUAGAACCACUGACCCCACCGCCGCAGUAUGAGGACAAAGUGCCUCCGCUUUAAGAUCAAGCCGAUCGCGUUCAAAACAAUCUACUGAAAAUUCCCUGGAGUCCUCCAUGAUCACCUUUUUGUGGGAUCUGUGUUUUUUUAUACCGAGACUUGAAGAUGGCACUUCUUGCAGGAAAUUCUCAGUGGCACAUUUUUAAAAGAAUAAAGUACAGUAUUUGUUCUGAUACAUAAUUCAAUGAACGGAGAAAUCAUUAUUGUUUGCAAAAUGUUGGAUCUCUGAAACCAGAUAGUGAUGGACGUAGUUGCUGGAACCUUCCUCCCCGUGACAGAUUGGAUUAAAAGCACACACACCGAAUGCAGUCCUCCUUUUAUUUUCAUUUUCUGUUCAUGCGUCAUCUUCAUGCGCUUCACUGCGCACCGACCGUACAGGAGAGGUGACUGACAGAGAUCAUAGGACGUCGUAGAGCGGUCAGAGUGAGGAUUUGUGUGCACACUUAAAUAGAUAUGUGCAGGGCCCUCAUUUAGUGAAGUGGCUGCUGUUUGGACAAUGUUUCACCCUGGGAGGGUUUGGGUUACUGCUGCCAGCGGUUUACGGACUAAACGUAGGCUCCACGGUGAGUGACUGAGCAUUGACUGUACUCGGCUGGCAUGAGCUGAUUUCACAGAAACGCUCCCUCGCUGUCGACAAUAUUGUCUGUCGGACCGGUUCUUGUGAUAUGUUGACUGGUGUUGGAGAGAGUCUGCUGAGGUUUUGUGUCUGGCUUUUUGAAACAUGGCUCUGGGGUUUUCUUUACAUAUUCUAAGAUGGGACAGCAGACUUCUACUUAUGACCAAGAUAAAACAAAGCUUUGUUAGCAUUUAUCAGCUCCAGCUCCCGUGACUCUUCGCCAUGGGCACUGUACCGAAACCUAAUGGGAAUUGUAGUUGUUCAAUGCUAACACUACUUGUUUUAUCUUACUUAGAAUAUCAAGGCACUCCAACGUUACUGUCCAGUAUAGUAAAGUAUAUUUAAGACAAAACCCAAGUUUUAUGUUUCUCCUGAGAAAAAACUAAACCCUGUACAGUAUACGGUGAACUGGAGGCUACUUUGAAUAUAGGGUGGGACUUCAGCUGAUUUUAACGGUGUGGAUAUUUGGUCCAAAAUCCCCAAAUGGCUGCAUUUAGUGUCAGUGGUUUCAUUGAACACGCCAUGACAUUAUAGCUCUAUUGAGGAACUUUGACCAAUUAAAGGCACAAAUACGCUAAAACAAACUCCCAGAGACACAGUUCUGAGAUGCCAUUAUCUUAUCGAUUUGUCACGGAUAACGAGCUAGCACACAGCUGUCUAACUGCACAAUGAGAUAAUGCAAUUGAAGUCGUGUUUCCAGCGAACCGGUCAAUGAAAGUCCACAUUUUGCUUGCUUUUUAGAAACGUAGCUGCUCCUUCAGCUCAUUAUUGACCCGUUUACUCUGCCUAUGUGCCGAUUGUUGCCACGCAGGCAACACGUAGUCUACAUGCAUAUCUGGUAUGACUACCACACAGUCAACAUGUGUCAAAAAAUAAAUAAACAAUGAGCUUCAGAGCUGGUUGUAACGUACAACCAAACAGCCAGUCAAAGGGGAAAACCGGUUGGGUGUCAGUUAGGGAGAGAAAAGGCUCUGUGAUGGAUUUAAUGGCCAAAUUGCAUAUUUACACUUGCUGGUGCUGCACCAAUGGUCACCAUUAGGUUACUUUUUAGGAAGUUGACGGUCUAAUUUCUUGGAAUGUUUAAAGAGUGCUAAUGCUAACUGACUGCAGUAGACUGUACUUUAGCUGGAGGGCAAACUCAGUUAAGUGCCUUCGCGUUCAUAACAACACUGCUGCUCUUCAGAAGACAUUGUACGACAGAGCCCGAGCUGUGACGUUGCUCCUCCGAUGCAGUGCUGCUGUUACUCUCGCAGACCAGCGAGUGGAGAAUGAAGUACGCGAGAGCAUAAUGGAAAGGAGCUCACAUAAUGGAAAGGAAAACCACAGCUUAGAAGCUGUGGUUUUAACUUAGAAGUAUGACGAGAAUGAGCAGAUCAGAGAAGAAAGACAGCUGUUGGGGGAACUGGUUUGAGCUCUAGCUCCGUGCACUAUUUCAUCAGCAAACUCGCUUGUCUUCUUCACGUUACACUUGUUUCCAGCUGAAGCCAAACGAAAGGAUUUACCGGUCAUUCUGUUCACAUUCUGUUCACCGUGACACAUUUGAUGAAGUUGCACAGCUAAAAUAUUUUUUCCUCAUUUGUUUUGUGGCACUUUUCAUGAGUGACGUCAUCACCCAGUUCUACACUGUGUUUUGGUGAAACUCACUGCAGUGAAUACAAAGGAAGCUACUCGGUCAUUGUCAGCUGGUCAUAUUAUAUGUUGACAUUCUGUUCAGCGGAAGGCAACAAGGUAAUUGAGUCACUUCAGGUUCGUCAUUGAAAUACAACGUUUCAAUGUCUCCAUUCCUCCGUCUUGUUUUCCAAGUGGAAACUCGCCACAUAUUGUAUUUAUUACUUAUGUUCAGUACUGCAGACGUCGUCAUUGUACCUCAUUUGCAAAGGACCAGUUAACUACAUGAUUGAUUUUAUUACUUUGUAGUCAAAAUGUUUUACGUUGAUGAAAUGAUUUAGCGGUCGCUUUCUGUUUUACUUAGAGGAGUGUCCGAAGCACAUGCUGUUUGUUCAUUUAUUAUUGCUUUUUUUAAUUACUUAAGUCUGUAUUUCUUGUACUGUGAAAUUUUGCUUUUCUAUGAUCAUUCUGAUUUGUUUGUGGAAAUCUUUUUAUUUUCUCUGAAGAGUAAAAACCAAUUUAUCUCAUGAAUAUUUAUGAGAAAUUAAAGUAUUUGUGAACUAACCCAGUGUUUUAAGAGCUGUGAUUACUGAAAAGUUGUGUGCAUAAUUAAUUACAUGUUGACUCGUGCAAUAAUCACCUAAACAUCCAUUCUGUCUAAUUUUGUUACUGUUCACCAGUGCUUCUGUAUGCAGCUACUGUAUUGAAAGCUGACACAAACAUCUGGAUGCUAAAUAGUUGCCGAGGAUCUGCAUGGUUUAAAAAUGACUUCUCGUCCUGGACAUGAUCAGUACUUUAGCUUUAAGUUAACACCAAUGACUCUGCAUUCCAUUUGUUUGCACUGGUAAACAGCGUUUUACUUUUACUUUGCUCUAACAUUAUAAAUCAUAGUUCUUCUUAUUGCUGACAAAAGCACUUGAACGGCUUCUUCUUCAGUGGUUGGUCAUAGCCUGCGGAGUAAACGAUACAAAACAUAAUUUUAAUACAUUUCCUGUUUUUGAAAACAGGAAGUUAGCUGUUGGCUUCAGGCUCCAUUGUUUAUGCUGGGAAGGUAAUCACAAAAUGAAAAUGUUCCUCACGUUGUUGAUCCAGUCGAUGUAGGAGCUGACUUGUGUGAAGACGGUGGGCUUCUGGAGGACGUUGCAGCCCUGACCAGAACCGAAGCUCACCACACCGUGGACGUCCCAGGAGCCAUCGGGGUUCUGGCAAUUCAGGGGACCACCAGAGUCUCCCUGCAGUGCGCAGCAGUGAGGACCCAGUCAGAAGAGAUGAGGGUGCCUCCACAGACGUGCCUCCAGCGCCCACUGCUGUCCGACUGGAGCGAGACCUGAGAGAGGACAGAGUGCAGUACUGCGCCUUAAAAUUCCUCUCUAAUCAAUUCCAGCUCUUAUCCCUCUAUGGCGCUCCGGUGGAGAAUUCAUCAUCAGAAAUGCAAC